AUGGGCAACAGAUUAGAUUCUUUAAUUUUUAGGCCUCCCAUACCCCCUUCAUAUAGCCGUGAUGAUCCACAUCUCCACCUAAUACCUACACCUGAUGGAAAUACCAUCGCAUCCUACUUCAUUAAACACAAGUUUGCGAAGUUUACGAUAAUUUUUAGUCACGCCAAUGCUGAGGAUAUAGGUAACGUUUUCGGAAACCUUAUCAAAAGACUCACGAAAUGGAACUGUAACCUUUUCAUCUACGAUUAUCCCGGUUAUGGUUUAAGUAGUGGAGUUUGUAGUGAGGAGAACAUGUAUAACUGCGCAGAUUUGUCUUACAACUACCUUAUCAAUACCCUAAAGGUGAAUAGUGGGAACAUAAUAGCGUAUGGUCGCAGUUUGGGUUGCACUUGUGCUAUAUAUUUGGGUGUAAAAUACAAGUUACUAGGUGUUAUUUUGCAAAGUCCAUUUUUAAGUAUUUAUCGCAUUAAAGUUCCUUGUUUCUUACCUUUCGAUCGCUUUAACAAUUAUGAUAAGGUAAAGGAUCUUAACUGUCCGGCACUUGUAAUUCACGGCGACAGUGAUGACAUCAUACCUGUUCAACACUCAAUUCAGCUCAUUAAACGGAUUCCCGACGUUUAUUAUUACUUUGUUAAGACGGGCAAUCAUAACAACUUAGACUACUGUUUCACCAGUACCAUGGACUCCUGCAUUAAUGAGUUCAUGGACUGUCUUUUAAACAAGUACUUGGCAAACACCCAAGAUGAAAACGCGACUGGAAACCCACCAGAAGACAACUACUACAGCCAGCAACUACUAAAACAGAUGGAAAAUAACAAAACGGAACAAAUCCUAACACAUAAAGUUAAUGCAAAGGUUUACACUCUAGGAUUUACUGAAGUUAAUGGAAUUGAGUACCCUGAAAAUGAACCUGCUAAACUAAAAUUCAACACUUGCUUCAAAUUGUAA